CAGCCCUCGCUCAUUGUCAGAGGGGCUGCUAUUCACAAUUGAGAAAACGAUGAAAUGCUGCCAUUAUAAAGGGGACCAAAGGGCCCUGUGGCAGCCCGACACCUGAUCUCCUCUUUGGCUCUGGCUUCCUUUUGUCCCAGUAUUUCAUAUCUGACAUAUCCACACACCCUAAAGCACUUGAUGUUGGAGCAGCAAUGGACCUGAGGCUUGGUGUCUGCACGCUCAGACAUGGGGAAUAAACAGACCAUCUUUACAGCACAGCAGCUAGAUGCCUAUCAGGACUGUACAUACUUUACAAGAAAAGAAAUUCUCAGACUGUUCUACCGCUAUCGGGAUUUGGCACCGCAGCUCGUUCCCCUUGACUACACCAACCACCCAGAUGUGAAGUUACCAUAUGAGCUGAUUGGCAGCAUGCCAGAGCUGAAGGACAACCCAUUUCGUCAGAGGAUCGCUGAGGUUUUCUCUGAGGACGGAGAGGGAAACAUGACACUGGACGACUUCUUGGACAUGUUUUCAGUCCUGAGUGAGAUGGCUCCACGUGACCUCAAGGCCUACUACGCUUUCAAAAUCUAUGACUUCAACAAUGAUGACUUUAUCUGCAAGUCAGACCUGGAGAAGACGCUGAACAAACUGACCCGCAACGAGCUGACGGAGGACGAGGUGAGGAUGGUGUGUGAGAAGGUGAUAGAUGAGGCCGACCUGGACAACGAUGGACGUCUGUCACUGGAGGACUUCCAGCACAUGAUUGUCCGAGCCCCAGACUUCCUCAGCACCUUCCACAUAAGGAUAUAAGGAAAUGACACAUGUACAUUUCUUAUUUUGAAAAGCUCCAACAGAUGGACUAAUAAUGCUCCACAUUGUCUGGAAAGCAGAGAAAUCCUGACAUCUCCACCAAAAAUUACUAUUGCAUCUUGCGAAUGACUACAUUUUUACUUGUUUGUGUCCGUCUUGUAAAAAAGAAAAAUCUAACCAAAAACACCCUCACAGACUUUCACAUUUAACAUCUAGAGCAAAUACUAUGAGAAAGUAUGACUUUAUGGGAGCAUGAAUGUGAACAGCUUGAAUUGGUUUGCCCCAUCCGAUUUUUCUUUUAUUAUGGAAUCUGCAGAAAUAACAGCAGUCAUGGUGUGACUGCGAGUCCGUCAUCAGGUGGAGGCAUCAGACAAUCCAUCAAGACAAGGCUCAUUAGUUAUGACCAUCAACAGCAGAUUUGUGUUUGGUAUCUAAAGGGGUUCAGUUACACCAGACUAUAAAAGAAACACAUGCCAGAAUAUUCCAGUGGG